UUUAGAUCGAUGGCUGUCAAAGGGAUACUAUUGUGCGGCAACAAAGGAAUGAAGGGCAGCACUGUCCGCUUGUUCCGCGUCUACCAAAAGGAUGCAGCAGACGACCUUUCCCAGCUACUCGACCAGAAAUUUACAUAUGAAAGUGGAAUAUUUCAACUGGAAGGAAGCACGGCGAGAUUUCCGUUAACUCAAACCGAAAUUCUGCCAUUUAUGACGAUUCAUCAUAACUGUGGAAUGGAUGAAAAACAGACAGCAAAUCUCGGAUACAAGCGGUGGGCACUUCGACUGCCUGAGGAUUACGUAACGAGAGGAACAAGAGCUAGAAAGGUGACACCUAGUAAUGUUCGAAAUACGUCGAUGUAG